AUGGGUUGCAAAAUCGGUCAUCGCGCUCUUGACCGGAUUUUUCCUGCAUACGAAGUUUCCGUUUCCUUUGGCACGCGUCCGACCUCACCGACACUGUCUGCGUCGCUCGUAACAAGCUCGCUGGCUUUCUUCGCGCUAUCCGUCCUUCCGCUCCUUAUCCAUGACCGCCAACGUCGGCCUUCCAGCCUUUUGACCAUCUACUUCCUGGCUCUGCUUUUCCUCGACCUGACAUUGCUCUUGGCUCCCUCCGCAGCAGCGCGACCUAGCGUUUCCAGGUCCCCAUCGUCCAUCCGCGCCAUAGCCAGCGCAGUUCUCCUCCUCUUAGAAUCCUACGCCAAGGAUCCAAUGCUGGAGAAGGGCACAGCGGCGCCGCCGCCAGAAGAUUCAUAUGGGAUCUUGGAAAGAACGCUGUUUAUCUGGGUAAAUCGGAUCCUGCUUAAGGGAUAUCGUGGCGUUCUCGCCGAUAAAGACAUGCCAAGAUUGGGUUAUCUUCAGUCUCCAAAGAACGCAAGAAACACUAUGAUAUACCAGUGGCAGAAGGACACCAACGCACUCGGGAUCUUCUCACCUUCUAUCACUCUUGCAAUUUUCGCGACGCUAUCGAGCAUGAACGGGCUUGCUUUCAACACUGAGACCGCAUUCACCGCUAUAGCUGUCCUGGGCUUGGUGACCCAUCCAGCGAACAUGGUCAUGACGAUAGUCCCGCGAGCAAUUGCAACACUCGCGGGUUUCGAGCGGAUCCAGGCUUAUCUGAUAAAGCACUACAUCAGGUUCGCAGGAAAGCGAUCGAUACUCUUUCUGUGCGUUUGUACAGCAUCAUAUGCAUUCUUCAUCACCGUGCCUCAAUAUUGGUUGGAUCUUUGGACUGCGGACGGCGGGAAGCAUCUGUUGUUCUAUGUCUCAGGCUAUGGUCUGCUGUCUCUAGCAUCCUGGCUGUCGACGAAUGGAACCAUGUGGUCCACACAUAUCAGGCUCGCAGCACAAUCCGGCAUCAGCAUACACGACUACUUGCUUCAGACGAUUUUGAGCGCUCCUCUAUCAUUCUUUUCCAAAACGGACGACGGCUCUAUUCUGAACAGAUUCAGCCAAGACAUUCAAUUGGUUGACAGGCAGCUACCGUCCGCUCUGGCGAACCUCCUCAAUCAGAUCUUCAAGUUGCUCGUCCAAACUGUGGUCCUGUUCAGUGUUCAACGUCUCAUGUGGAUAUCUCUACCGAUGUGCGCCGCGACAGUUUAUGUCAUCCAGAAGGGUUACCUGAGGACUUCCCGCCAGCUUCGUUUUCUUGAGCUCGAAACCAAGGCAUUUGUCUUCAGCGAUUUCCUCGAUCUAGUGGAAGGCCUUGAAACGAUCAGGGCUUUUAAAUGGCAGCGCAAGAUCGUGCAGAAGAACAUCGCCUGCCUCGAAUCCUCACAGCGUCCGGAGCUCUGCUUGCUCUCCCUUCAGAGAUGGCUGAAUCUUGUUCUCGACUUUUGGCUGCAGCAAUCGCCGUACUUGUGA